GGUAGGUGGAGCGGGCUGGUGUAUCAGAUGGGAGAUUUCGAUGGGUGGGUGAUUCCCUUUCCUUAUUUUCCGUACUUUUGAGUUCCGGUUGAGAGGUCUUGGAAGUUUUGGAAGGUACAGUACUUGCUGCAGUUAUAGUUGUUACUAUCACUGUUGUUCCUGAUAUCGGUUGAGAUACGGACUUCGAUUCGAGACUUGAGUACUCGAAGAUUGUUUGAACGGGAGAGUUUGGGAUUGAGAGGCAGAGAAUGAGGGGACGAAGAGCGCUGGCCUAUGGGGCUGCGAUAUGUGCUUCGUGGGGUGGGAUUGUUGGUGCGAUUGAUUUGGACCUCACUUCAACAGACUCGAUCAAAAACGCCGCCGCGACAGUUGCGUUUGGAAUGAUGAGCUACUAUACCGGAAACCACACGGGAGACAACCCAGGAAAUCUUCCAUCACCAUACUACUGGUGGGAAGCUGGCGCUUGCUUUGGCACGAUGGUCGAGUACUGGUAUUACACAAAUGACACAUCAUACAAUCCUAGCGUUACAGCAGCCAUCCUUUCCCAAGUUGGUACGAACGAGGACUUCAUGCCCACCAACCAGACUAAGACAGAAGGAAACGAUGAUCAGGGAUUUUGGGGAAUGACAGCGAUGACCGCGGCCGAGGUGAACUAUCCGAAUCCACCCUCAGACCAGCCGCAAUGGCUGGCUCUCGCGCAAGCAGUCUUCAACGACAUGGUUGGGAGGUGGGAUACUAGUACAUGUGAAGGAGGUCUACGCUGGCAGAUCUUCACAUUCAACACAGGCUACGACUACAAAAACUCGAUCGCCAACGGGUGUCUCUUCAACAUCGCAGCUCGGCUGGCCCGAUACACAGGAAACUCCAGCUAUGCUGACUGGGCGGAGAAAACGUGGGAUUGGGUCGAAGGGGUCGGGUUGAUGAGCGAUGAUUAUUCCGUGUAUGACGGGACUUCAGACACAACGAACUGUACGAGCAUCGACAAGCUGCAGUUCUCCUACAAUCAAGGCAUCUACCUUUUCGGCGCAGCAAUGAUGUACAACUACACAAACGGCUCCUCACUAUGGAAGGAACGCGUCCAGGGCCUCCUCAACAACACCAACAUCUUCUUCCAAAACGGCAUCAUGUACGAAGAAGCCUGCGAGCAAGUAAACACAGUCGGAAACUGCGACACCGACCAACAAUCCUUCAAAGCCUACCUUUCACGGUGGAUGUCCGCAACUACCAAAAUCGCGCCCUUCACAUCUUCCUACUCCCUCCCUCUCCUCGCCUCCUCCGCCAAAGCCGCCGCGCUCCAAUGUUCAGGCGGCACAGACGGAACAACCUGCGGCGAACAUUGGACCGACAAUUCCACGUAUGAUGGAAAUUAUGGGCUGGGGCAGCAGAUGAGUGCCCUGAGUGUUAUACAGAGUAAUCUGAUUACGCAGGCGCCGGAGCUGGUCACGAACUCUACUGGAGGCACGAGCGUGGGUAAUGCGGCGGCGGGGAGCGGGAGCAGUGAUGAGAGCGCAACGGUUAUUGCACCUGCGACAGGGGCGGAUAGGGCGGGAGCGGGGAUUCUGACGACGCUGUGGCUGGCGGGUGUCCUUGGAGGGGUACUUUUUAUGGUUACUGGCACGUGAAUUAGGAAACUUCCCCCUUCCUGCGCAGCUUUCCUUGUAUAUUCUGUCUUUGUUGUUGUAUAUAUCACAUCUACAGCGGGCGUUCGGUGGGUGCAUCUGUAUUUUACUUCAUGAUCAACAUUCUACAAAUAUACACACUUUGUUCGAG